AUGCAGGAACAGGGUCAGGAUCAGAGAGGGUCUUUUACGUGUAAAGGUACCAUUUCGCUUCCCAGUCCCGUCACGGCUAUUGAUAUUCUACCGAUGGUUAUUGGUGGAGAUCGGAUUUAUCUUGCCGUUGGUUUGGACACAGGGCGGAUUAGCGUACAUGCAUUUGCGAUUGAUGGGCUUGGGGAGGCUCGGGAGGUGAUGGCAUUACCAGCGUUAGAGUGUCCGUCGAAGGCAAUCACACAGGUGGCAUGGAGGCCGGUUGGUGUGGAAGGAAAAGAAGUGAAUGAAGUAUACGAGCUUGCCCUUGCGAGUGAGGAUAGUUCUCUGAGGGUGAUUCGGAUUUCGGAUCUGUGA